GAAGAGCGCGACGGGCUGCUUGUCGAGGUUUGGGAUUGACAUGAGCAUGCAUUCUGACAUGAUAAUAUCCUAUCUUUAAUAUACAAUCAUAUCCUAGCUUGCGACGAUGGCGGCUCCGGUCCUGCCAUUGCCGCAGGUGAAGCUACCCUCCAUACCAUCCACCAGGCUUACCGCAGAACAGCUUCACUGGCGCUCCUUCAAGACUCCUCUUCUCAUAUCCUCCCCGUCCAACACGCCGAUUAACCACAUAUCACAGCCUCCCGCCCCUGCUUUGUCCUCUCCUGCCUCCCUUCAUCCCCCCGAUAUUUUUACCGUCACAACCGGUGCCCGCGUCCAGAUAUAUUCGAUCCGGACGCGAAAGCUUUUAAAGUCGAUUACUCGCUUUGAUGAUACCGCCCGAUGUUCUGAGAUCCGCCCAGAUGGCAGGAUCCUCGUGGCGGGUGAUGAGACGGGUACAAUUCAGGUUUUCGAUGUUAACUCUCGCUCCAUCUUAAAGACAUGGCGAGACCACAAGCAACCUGUAUGGGUGACCAGGUUCUCUCCGACGGAUCCGACCUCUCUUCUCAGCGCAAGUGAUGAUAAGACGGUGCGAGUAUGGGACCUGCCCAGCGAGAAUAGUGCUCAGGUCUUUGUUGGCCACUCGGAUUAUGUUCGGAGCGGCUGCUUCAUGCCUGGGGCUCAGUCUGCCAAUUUGGUCCUGUCUGGUAGUUAUGAUCAGACGGUUAGGCUAUGGGACUCAAGAGUGGCCGGCAGACAGGUCAUGACGUUUAAAAUGACCGCCCCGGUGGAGGGCGUCCUUGCUAUGCCUUCCGGCACAACCGUCUUAGCUGCCGCAGACAAUCAGAUUGCCGUGUUGGACGUCGUCGCUGGGAAGCCGCUCCACCUGAUUAAGAGCCAUCAGAAGACUGUCACCUGCCUGUCAUUGGCCUCGAAAGGCAGUAGGAUUGUCAGCGGUGCUCUAGAUGGCCACAUGAAAGUGUUCGAAACGACCGGAUGGAAUGUUGUGGGUGGAUCCAAAUAUCCUUCCCCUAUUUUAUCGCUUGGGGUCAUCACGUCAGGACCGCAGCGCGAAGACAAGCACAUCGCCGUCGGCAUGCAAUCGGGUGUCCUCUCUCUCCGCACUCGCCUUUCCGCCGAACAGAAAAUCCGGGAACGCCAGCGCCAACGAGAAAUGCAGGCUCUUCUCGAGGGUAAACUCGUCGAACAUGAUCGCACGGUCUCAAAGGAACAGAAGAAACGCGGCCGCGGAUGGGAAAAACGACUUCGAGGUAUGGAUUUCAUCGGUGAGGGUGUCGAUAUCGUCAUUGAUGCGCAGGACACCAAGAAACGGAAGAAGGAGAAGUCCUGGGAGAAUGACCUGCGGAAGGGUCGUUAUGCCGCAUCACUCGACCAGGUUCUUGCCGCGGGCGAUAAGAUCACCGUUGUUACACUUCUCACUGCACUACGCCACCGUGCGGCGCUCCGCACAGCACUCUCAGGACGGGACGAAGUUACGCUGCAGCCUAUCCUAAAAUGGGUGCAUAAGUCGAUAACAGAUCCGAGGUUGGUCGAUAUAUGUGUCGAGAUCUCGAUGAACGUGCUGGAUUUGUACUCUGCCCAUUUGGGACAAUCAGCCCAAAUUGAUCGACUGAUAGAGAAGCUUCAUCGACGAGUCAGGGAGGAGGUUGACCGUGCACAGCACGCUUGGCAGACGAAAGGCAUGUUGGAUAUGUUGAGGCGCUCCUGA